AUGGAUGAAUUUUUCCUGUAUGGGAGUUUUUCUCUGGGUAACCUCUCUAUCUCUAACCACAAAGUGACCCCUGCCCAGGCAGCCACAAACGUUUCUUUCACCAACCAAAGCCAAGUUGUGGAGUCACCCCCAUACAACAGGCAGAUCCGGAUCAUCGCAAUGGCUGUCAUAUUCACCGUGGCACUGGUGGGCAAUUCACUGGUGCUGUAUAAGAUCUGGAGUGGCAAGGACAAGAAGAGAAAGAUCAACUUUCUGAUCACCCACCUGACACUAGCCGACCUCUAUGUCUCCCUGAUCACUCUUUUCUCCCAGAUCGUAUGGGAAUUGUUGGAGGAUCAGUGGCUGGCUGGGGAUGUGGCUUGUCGGAUCUUUAAAGUGUUUCAGGUUUCUGGACUCAUUGCCUCCUCCAAUAUAAUUGCCAUAUUAGCCCUGGAAAGACACCAUGUCAUUACAAACCCAUUAGGCACACCUCUGCCCACCCGAUUUUUUACUGCCAUGUGCUGGGUGCUGGCUCUGCUCCUGUCGGUGCCCCAAGCUUUUGUCUUCAAAGCUGCGCAAACCAAGGAAGGUCCCAGGUGCCGCAACGUCUUCUGGCAGUUACCUAAAUGGCAUUUUCAGGUCUAUAUCAUCUACAGCUCCGUCACUGUCUUUUUCUUACCUUUCUGUAUCCUGGUUGUAGCCUACAGCCGCAUCCUAUGGAUUAUCUGGAGAAAGGGGAAGAACUGCAAGAACCCUAAACACUUCAAUGAUUCUUGUGAAGUCACCAAGAGACCAAUCAAACUUGAAGCCACCAACAGCUGCAUCCCAAGAGCUAAGAUAAAGACCCUCAAAAUGACCCUGGUCAUCAUCAUACUCUUCAUUGUAUGCGGGCUGCCUUACUUCAUUGUGGAGAUGAAGGUGGCAUGUGGCACCAUUACUGGUCUGGAUGAGGAGGUCAUGGCUGUGCUGGGCAUCUUUGUGGUGACCAAUAGCGCAGUGAAUCCCUAUGUGUAUCUCUUCUUCAGGACCAACAACGUUUUCCUCAGGAGGUUGGAGAAGAAGGUGUGCUUUUCUUGUUGCCUACAGGAGCACAGAGAGAUCGCCUUCCGCAGAGAGCUGUUCCCGUCCUGUGCCCCGACUCUUCGCAGGGACCCAUCAACCACCACCACCAAUACCACAGAGGUGGAGGCCACUUCUAUCCUUCAACGCUCCGUCAACUAUAUGCAGCCAGCUAUAAAGAAGGAGCUGAAAGUAGCAUGUGACAGCUGUAUGUGA